UUCCUAUACUCUUCAACAAUGUCUGACUACGCGAUUACUCCGUUUUCUCUCAUCGAAACCCCCAUCCAUGCCCAGAAGAGGCUUUCCGACGACAAAAAAACCUCUCACUCCUAUGCCCAAGGCGCGUCCAUUAUGGCGCUAGUUCACAACGUCAUUAUACGGGGUCUUGACUCAGUCUAUCUACAAGCACCUCACGUGCAUGAAAAGGACUUUGUUGACUUCAUAAACUACGCGGCUUGUUGGCACGAAUUCACGUCCAAUCAUUUCCGAAACGAAGCGGAGAGCAUCAUCCCCACCGUGGAAGCAAAGUGCGGGGAACAAGGAGUGCUUGAUGAAGAUCUGAAGGAGCACGAAGCUUUUGCUGUUGGUUUCGACGAGUACAAGACAUACCUAGCUACUAUGGCAGCGAAGCCCGGCGAGUUUGAUGGGAAGAAGUUGACAAGCAUCGUUGACUCUUUCGCGCCCAAAAUGAUGGAACAUCUAAGGAAUCAGAUUCCAAGGAUGUUGGAGUUGGCGAGGUUUGGGGAGAAGAUUCCCAUGUUGGAGAUUAUCGAAACGGAGGGAAAUCGCAGUACCCAGCACCUUUCCAAAGCUGGGGGCAUGAUAUUCUUCCUCAGAAAUUUGGACUUGGGCUAUGAAGACGGGCUAUGGAAGGACUGGCCUCCUAUCCCUAAUGCAGCGCGCUGGGGCGUGUUGAAGACAAUAGGGAAGUGGUAUUCUAAAUGGUGGGUCUAUGCUGCAUGCGACGAGUCUGGGCAGUUGCAGAAGCUGCAUGCUAGCUACCAUUAG